CUCGCUUCCUUUGCGCCUUCCCCUUCACUUCCGGUAGUGGCAGUGUUGUGUUGCUGUUAGCUUGUAAACAUGGCUACUGCUGGAGCAGCUGGAGACGACCUGAAGAAGGAACUCACAUGUGCAAUUUGUUUGGAGUUUUUCAAAGACCCUGUUAUAUUGAAAUGCGGGCAUAAUUUUUGUCGGUUUUGCAUUUGUAUGCACUGGGAUGAAAAUGGCGGAGACUACGGGUAUCAGUGCCCUCAGUGCCGAACGGUGUUCAACAAGAGGACCUUCACUAAAAACUACUUGGUGCAGAACCUGGUGGCCAAGAUAGACGAUCUGGAUUGUUUGGGAUCUUGUCCUACAUCUUCCAAGCCCAUUAAAGUAGAUGGAAAGUGUGAACAACAUGGCGAAGAGCUGAAACUCUACUGCCAGACCGAUAAGAGGCUUAUCUGUGUAGUGUGCCGGGAAUCUAGAUCACACAGACACCAUGAGGUGGCACCAGUGCCAGAGGUUGUGAAUGACAUGAAGUUGGAGUUGAAACUGAGGAUAAUGGAACUCAACUGGCAGAAGUCUCAAUGUGUAAAUGUUAUAACAGCGGAUGAGCGCACCAAAAGUGAAGUGAGGUUGAACAAACAGAGACUCAAGGAGAAGAUCGAAGCAGAUGUUGGUGCCUUGGUCCAGUUCUUGUUAGAUGAGAGGGACUCCCUGCUCGAGAGUCUGGAUGCUGAGGAAGUGGCCACCAUGGCUGUCAUCGACGACAACUUGAAGACUGUGGAGACAGAGGCAGCAGCUGUGGACAAAGCUAUAGCUGAUAUCCACAGCCACAUCAGUGGGAAAACCAGCUUUGAGAGCCUUGCUGAGACAUUCAAUGCAAUUAUCCACAGUAAGCCUUUCACCUCCAUCGAGCCAGUUAAUUGUCCAACUGAAUUCACAGACUUCUCAGGGCCCUUCCAGCUCAUUAUGUGGAAGAAGAUGAUGCAUGUUCUGCAUACCAUGCCUCAGAACCUUACCUUAGAUCCAGACACUGCACACCCAAACCUGCUUAUCUCAGACUUUGACACCAAAGUGGAGGAGGGUCGUGUUCGUAACCAGGAGCCAGACUUGCCAGCCCGCUUCACUCGGUUCUGUGGUGUCCUUGCCACAGCCCAGUACGCCAGCGGCCAGCAUUACUGGGAGGUGGAUGUGAAGGAUAAAGGUGUGUGGUACCUGGGAGUCACCACUGAGUCCAGCAACAGAAAGGGUUUUGUCUGCCUCACUCCCGCUGCAGGAUACUGGAGCCUGUGUCUGCAGGACCGGCUGUAUGCCAAUGGAGAGGAUGGCCGCAUUCUGGUCGAUGACUACUGGAACUCUCCUCGGGUUGGCGUGUACCUGGACUAUGACAAUGGGCGUCUUAGUUUCUAUGAUGCUGUCACAAUGAGGAGACUAUACAUGUUUGAUACCUGCUUUGAAGAGCCGGUCUACCCUUUCUUCAGCCCAGGAAAGAAUGAUCCAGGCAGCAGGCUGCAGAUAUGCCACUAUUACUGAGAGCUGCCCUGAGUGUUUACAUCUGGUUAUCUAAGAGUCAACCCAUGUAUGCUAGUGUUUUCAGAUGUGCUGUUAGCAGGGUUUUAUCUCAUAGAAGAGACUGGAGUGACACAGUUACACUGAACACUGGAGCCAUGUACUUCAUGCAUUUGAGCCUGUUGGUCUUACUGGUGUUAGAAAAUAAGGAUUACCGUGAAUAAGAAUUACCAGGUGUCGUGUUACCCAUAGGUUGUAAUGAAGAACUUCAUUUUUCUCAUUACGAGGUUGAAAAUUGGUAUUUUUCAACAUAGACACAUACUGUAGGCUUAUACCCCUGACUGCUAUGGUGGCAGGGUUGGAGAGGUGCUUUGCUGUCUAUAUCACUGUGUCUGCUGGGAUAUAGAUGCCUAAGAUGCUCUUCUUGAUUAGAGCAAAUACCGCUCUUAUCCUAUUAGCAAUCACUAUGCUAUACUACUAUACAUUUAAUUAAUUCAUAUUGGCUACAUCUUUUUUUCAUGCAAGGUCAGUGAUGUCACCUCAUUGGGUAGCUCUGGAAAGAAAUAUGACAUAGUUAUCACAAUGAUAGUUGUUGACAAUUAACAUUCCCUCAUUAAUUCUAGUCUGAAGUCAGUCAGUGCUGGUAGGGCUCAUUUGACUGAAACUGGCCAGCUUGUAGUGGGAUUUCAGCUCUGAAACAAUUAGUUUUCUCAUUACAGAUAAUUUUAUCCUCAACCUUUUAAAGUCAUCUAGGUAGUGUUUUAUUUCUGUACAUUGUUGACUGUUUUGGACUGUUGUGAAGUCCUCUGUAUGUUGAUCUGAUUCAUAUUUGGUAGCUUAUUUUUCCUCAGCAGUGACACUUAAGGCACAGUCGUGCCAUUUUGUUGGAGGCAUUUUAAAAAUGUAAAACUUUUUCAGUUUGCCUGAAAAACAUCGGGUUUAAGAAAAGACAAAGCAAACAACUGUCAGAUAUUCUAGCAGCAAAUUAUUAAGCUUUAUAGCCAUGUUGUUAAAUAUGGUGGGAGCUGUAGAUGUUUUACUAUAACAUAUCCGUUGCUGCCAGGGUUUACAGCCAAGAGCUGGGUUGACUUGACUAAAAUGAAAAUCUAUGGAAUACAUGUUACAUGUUUUUGCUGCAUGUUAUCUUUUAUUAAAUAAUCCUGCUUUAGAUUAAUUGUUAGCUGUUGAGCUGGUCAUAGUGCUGCAAGUUGGUCCUAACAUUUUUGUUAUCCCACUUGCUCCAGUGUGAUUUUUUUUUUAUUGUUUUGUUUUUGAUCGGUUAAUGCUGUUUUAUUUGAUUUUAUAUCUUAAAAUGUAUUUUCUUCUGACAAAUUUAGGAUUUAAAUAUUUCUUAUUUGAGAUUAUACUUUUUUUCCACUUGUGCAGUUUCCCAUGGACCUGCAAUGUUGCCAUCUUGCAGGCUUCUACAGGGAGAUAUAUUUUUUUGUUCCUUUGUGAAAUUAUCUUAUUGGGGAGCAUGAACAGUUAUAAUAUUUGAGAAUUGCCAUCCCUACAGUCAAUCUCAAGAUGCUCCCUUUCCAGUUUAUUUUUAGUCUAACAUGUUACUCUGGCCUCUUUAACCUCAAGUAUUUGCUAUUGUUUCUGUUCUAGGACUGCAUCUCAUUUAAUACCUAUAAAUAAUUUUCAUUGCAGAUUUUUAUUCAUUUAUUCAACUUAGACGUUCUGGGCUGUGUGACAUAAAAGAUUAUCUUGGUAGUCAAUGUUUGUGGACCCUCUCAUAUGCUAUUAAUGUGUUUAGUGUUUUUCAAAGUUUACCAUGAGAUUAAAAGAUGGGAAAAAAGA